UCGCCAAGCAGGAGGCACCCGGUUUAACACUGAGGACGCACUAAAAAAAGGUUUGUCACUGCGGAUCUCCCCUCUCCGAUCUCUCUUCGUCGCCGGCCAGUCUGCCAGAUAGUAGUAAGCUAAAGAGAUGAUGCAGUGAGAACCACAUCGACACCCGGUACCUGUUCGACUGAAUGUCUCGCCGGAGCAAGACCGCGAAAGUGUCCACGGGAAGCUUCGAAGACCGGCUCAGCGCCCUCCCGGACGACUUGCUGCAUCACACGCUCGGUUUCAUCGAAGCGGGGGAUGCGGUGCGGACGUGCGUGCUCUCCCGGCGCUGGCGACACCUCUGGAGGCCAAUCCCUUGCCUCCGCAUCACCGACAUCGAGGCGUUCCGUAGCGUCGAGAAGCUCAUCAGGUUCGUGGAUCAGCUGCUCCUGCUCCGUGACGCAGGCUCCGUCCUCGACGAGUGUGAGCUCGACCUUCGUGGGCUUCUGCGGCUGGACAAUGGGCUCGUCGACCUCUGGAUGCGACGAGUUUUGGCAUGCAAUGCCACGGUGCUCCGAGUCCAUCUCUACGCUAAUCUGCCAGCCUCUCAGGAAGAACCGCUCGUCAUAUUGGACGACCAGCCUUUCCUCUCCGAACACCUGGUGCGAUUAGAGCUCAGUGGCGUCUAUCUGGAAGAAAGACUGUUUGAUUUCUCGAGCUGCCCUGCGUUGGAGGAUCUGAAGAUCGCUGAUUGUGUCCUCCAUACUGAUAAGAUAUUCUCCCGAUCCUCGAAACAUAUUAGCAUCAGGGGUUGUCAGUUUGUCUGGGAUAUGUACCCAACUCAGCUUUCUGCUCCAAAUCUUGUUUCACUGCAACUACAUGACUGUACCAUGAUUCCAAUUCUUGAAAGCAUGCCAGCAUUAGAAACCGCAUCAUUCAAUCUUGGCCACGUAUAUGAGGAAUACUGUGAUAUCUGUGAUAAUGGCCUUGAACUUGAAAAAUGUGGGUGUGGGAUGAUCGUGACUUACUGGGAUGAUGAUAAUGACCGUAAACGUGAUUUCUCUGUGUUUCUUGGAGGUCUGUCCAGCGCUACAUGUCUGGAAUUGAUAGCUUCCCCUAAAAUGGUUACAUUCAGAAGGGAUCUGCGGUGCUGCCCUACAUUUAAUAAGCUAAGAUCUUUGUUACUCAAGGACUGGUGUUUGGUCGCUGACUACCAAAUACUACUGUACUUUCUCCAUCACACACCAGUUCUAGAGAAACUCACUCUUCAACUUUCUAAGGAACCCAAAUCAGGCAUAGAAUUGGAAGGCAGCAGCUCAAUGGAGCAGUCACUUACACUGAUGCAACUUAAGAUAGUCGAAGUUAAAUGUCAUAUUAUUGAUGAGCGGGUUCAUAAUAUUUCAAAGAUCUUGAGUUCCUGCAGCAUCUCCCUUGCGAAGAUUAUUAUCCAAAAGCUUUAAUUAGUACGCACAGCUUCAGUGUAUCCUGCUGUGUACUUAAAUGAAAGCAAGCGAUGAAAAACUAUCAUAACAACUUUUUGAUUAGUAUCCGUGUUGCUUCUUUUGCCUACGAAUCUGAACUAGCUCUGGUGGUGCAUUAUGUUUUUGCGAUGGUUGGAUCAUUUUGUUGAUCUCUACUGCUCUGCUCCUGUUCUUGAAUUUUGUAUGAGUAGUCUGCAAGAAUCAAAAUACAGGCCUUGUCUGAA